AUGCAGAGAUCACAAGUUUUGGCGAGGAGCUUUGCUCGUAAAUUCCUUCCUCCUAGUCAUCCGAGUCACCCCCACAACCAAAUCCGAUCAAUAUCCCGGCCAUGCGAUGUGUUUAUAAACCACCGGGGGAUCGACACGAAGAGAACUAUUUCCAGUUUGCUCUACUACCACCUUUCCAUGCUCCGGCUGAAGCCGUUUCUCGACAGCGAAAACAUGAAACCUGGGGAGAAGCUGUACGACAAGAUCGACACCGGUAUUCGGAAUUGCAAGCUGGGGAUCGCCGUGUUUUCUCCCCGCUACUGCCAGUCCUAUUUUUGUCUCCAUGAGCUCGCUCUUCUAAUGGAAUCAAAGAAGAGGGUUAUCCCCAUCUUCUGCGACGUGAAACCUUCGCAGCUUCAGGUUCAUGACGACGGAACUCGUAAGGCGUCGGAGCUCCAGUGGUAUAGCCGGGCACUUGAAGAAGCUAAAUAUACCGUCGGCCUUACCUUUGAUACCUCAAGCGGGAAUUGGUCGGAAUUCCUAGUAUCUGCUUCGGAUGCAGUGAUAGAGAAUCUGCUCGAGAUAGACGGGGAACGACUGCGUAAAUGA